AUGAGUAAUAAUAGAACCAGCAUUUUGAAUUAUUCGAUUGUUGAUGAAAUUGGUAGUAAUAAUGAAGUGGGAAAAGGAGGGAAAGAAUCUGAUUGGAAUGCAUUUAUUGGUUGUGUGUGUAUUGUAGCAGGAGCAGGAACUUUGGGCAUUCCCUAUGCUAUACAACAAGGUGGAUGGAUUACCAUCUUCAUGAAAAAACCACAAAACUGGCCAAAAGUACUCUCAUAUUCAAUGUUUACAAUUACAAUGUUAUAUCUAAUAAUUGGAUUUUUUGGUUAUUUAACUUAUGGAAAUAAUGUCAAAUCACCAAUUUAUUUAAAUUUACCUGAUGGAAUAUUAAUCAACAUUAUAAUAAUAUCAAUAACACUACAUGUGAUAUUUGCAUUGCCAAUUUAUCAGACAGCAUCCUCAUUGGAAUUAGAAAAUUAUUUUAAUAUCAACGAGAAUAAAUUGGGUCGACUACGAGAAUUCAUUUAUCGGUCAUUGUUACGUAUUGUAACUGCUGCCAUGGAAGUUUAUAUUGCAAUAUCAAUACCUUAUUUUGCUGAUGUUAUGUCAUUAUUAGGUGCAUUGGCUAAUGGCACAUUAUUGGUUGUUAUGCCAUUAUUGUUAUGGUUGAGGUUUUUUGGAUGGAGUAAAUUGGAAAAUAAAAAUUGUGAAAAAGUUUGGAUAAUAUUUACUUUAAUGUUUUCAAUAACAAUUGCAAUAAUUGGAAGUUGUGAUGCUAUCAUCUCAAUAUAUAAUGACAUUUAUAAAUAA